ACCCAUGAUCCAUCUCCUUCCUUUCCUUCCUCCUCCGGAUUCAUUCACACGUUCGCUCGCGUUCCUUUCACACCGAGAUCAAGAUCAAAAGCAGUAGCAGAAGCAGAAACAGAGGCAAGCUAAUGGAGCAGAACCUGUCCAACCUAAACUCCGUUCCUGAACACCAAUACGAAGAUGAUGAUUCCACCCAAUCGGCUUUCGCGUCUAGACCUCAUCGUCCUCCAGCGCAGAUUUCAUCACAAAAAUAUGCACCUUUAGAUUGGUCGGGCUACUUUGACCAGGAAGAUGACGUUCACAUCCCAGGCUCAGACGAUGUUUUUCACAUUUAUAAAGCUGGGACUGAUGGUCCAGUUGUUUUCUGUCUCCAUGGUGGGGGAUAUUCGGGGCUCUCAUUUGCUUUGUCAGCAAGUAAAAUAAAAGAAAAGGCUCGGAUAGUAGCCUUGGAUUUUAGGGGACAUGGAAAGUCUACUACUGAGAAAGAUCUAGAUCUAUCAAUUGAGACACUAUGCAAUGAUGUGGUUGCUGUCAUUAAGGCAAUGUAUGGGGAUUCUCCUCCAGCAAUUGUGAUCAUUGGCCACAGUAUGGGAGGCUCAGUUGCUGUUCAUAUUGCUGCAAAGAAGCUGCUUCCUAGUUUGGCGGGGCUGGUUGUUGUGGAUGUUGUAGAGGGAACAGCAAUGGCUUCAUUGAUUCAUAUGCAGAAGAUUUUAUCAAACAGAAUGCAGCAUUUUUCAACUGUUGAGAAAGCGAUUGAAUGGAGUGUUAGAGGAGGCUCUCUGAGAAACAUUGAAUCAGCUCGUGUCUCUAUUCCCAGCACAUUAAUAUAUGAUGAUUCAAGGAAGUGUUAUACACAUCGUGCUAGAUUGGAAGAAACUGAACAGUAUUGGAGAGGAUGGUAUGAAGGCCUUUCGGAAAAUUUUUUGUCAUCUCCUGUACCAAAGCUUUUGCUUUUGGCAGGGACUGAUCGACUGGACAGAACUCUGACUAUAGGUCAAAUGCAAGGAAAGUUCCAAAUGGUGGUUGUUCGCCAUACAGGACAUGCCAUACAGGAGGAUGCACCGGAUGAAUUUGCCGAUCUGAUCCUGAACUUCAUAUCACGCAACAGAAUAGGCCCUCAUGGAAUAGAGAUCCCAGUAGGAAUUCGACGCCCCCCAACUUCAACGGAAGCUUGAGAGAUGGGAAAUAAAGGACAAGUGCCUGUUUGUGCGUGCGCGUAGAAGUGGUGUAUCCACCCUACAGAACAAGCAACAGGUGUUUGUUAUAUGAUGGUGAUGUAAACUUGCUAACUGGUGUCUUUAUGGAAUGGAAUAAGAGGAGGUUGCAGCAGAUUUGGUUUGGUAGUGGGGGAUGGUGGGGUUAAGUUGGUGUAAAUUAGUUGUGGAGGAUGAAUUCGAGAGAGAGAGAGUGAGUGAGACCAUGGAGAGAUGAUAUAUAAUUUGUUUACUGUUAAU